AGCAAAAGUACUGUAAUAAGUCUCUUGGAAUGGAAGAUGGACGAAUAAAAGAUGAAAGCAUCAAAGCUUCAUCUCAUGCGACCAGUGGUUGUGGCUCAGAUCCCUGUAGCCCAUAUAACGGUCGUCUAAAUGGUAAGGUAAACGCGUGGGUGCCCCAAAAAAACGAUCUUGAUAAAUGGCUUCAAGUAAACUUGCUUAAUAUAACUGAGGUCACAUCAGUUGCUACGCAAGGUGUCAAGCUUUCAUCAGGCGCUGUCCUCUAUGUAAAAAGUUACAAACUAAAGUAUAGUGAUAACGACGAUUCGUCAUUUCAAGAACACAGUACUACGUUUGUUGGCAACGCAGACGCAAGCAGUGUUGUCAAGAAUGCGAUAAACCCACCAAUUGUCGCUAGAUAUGUUCGUGUUCAUUCUUUUGAUUACCAAGGGGCUGUUGCUCUGCGAAUUGAAUUGUACGGAUGUGUGUUAAAUUAA